AAAUCAACUCCUUUCAGUUGUUUUGCUUACACUGCAUAUUUAUAGAUUUAAGAACUAGAGAACCCAAGUUCAAACACCAGUGUUCGAUUGUUUGAUUGUUUGUUCACUUACUUAAUACCAUGCUUUACUAUAAGAAUCCAUACUUCAACUAUGUGCGAAGAAGGCCCUUGGCGUUAGUAGGUCCACUUGCGGUCUUGAUCAUGAUCUACCUUUUCUUCUUCUCAUCAUCAGGAAAGAAAGAUACUGCCAAAUACAGCUACAACAAAAAGUCCAGUGCCUGGUUUGGCAAGAAUAAAGAUUCGGUAAUACUCAGGAAUUUACCCAAGAAUCAUAUCAGUCAUUAUGACUUGAACAAGUUGACAAUUUCACCGGAUGCCUUGACCAAGAAGGAAGAGGUUUUGAUUUUGUCCCCCAUGUCGAAGUUCUUACCUGAAUAUUGGGAAAAUUUGAAUAAAUUGACCUAUGAUCAUUCCUUAAUUUCGCUUGGAUUUAUCUUCCCAAGAACUCAAGAAGGAGACCAAGCAUUAAAGGAGUUGGAAGAUUCAUUGAAGAGAUCUAAAGCUCAAAACAAGUUGAAUUUCAAGAAGAUUACUUUGUUAAGACAAGAUUCAAACUCAUUGAAGAGUCAAGCUGAAAAAGAUAGACAUGCAUUUAAAGUUCAAAAGGAAAGAAGAUCAAUGAUGGCAUUAGCUAGAAACUCGUUGGUUUUCACUACUAUUUCUCCAACUACUUCUUGGGUAUUGUGGUUAGACGCAGAUAUUGUUGAGACACCACCUACUUUGAUCCAAGAUUUGACUGCUCACAACAAACCAGUAUUGUCUGCUAAUGUUUAUCAAAGAUAUUUUGACCCGGAAACUAACCAGAAGUCAAUUAGACCAUAUGAUUUCAACAACUGGGUGGAAUCAGAAGAAGGAUUGAAAAUCGCCAGCGGUUUGGCUGAUGACGAAAUCAUCGUGGAAGGAUAUGCUGAAAUGGCUACUUAUAGACCAUUAAUGGCUCACUUUUACGAUGCUAAUGGAGAUGUUAAUUCAGAAAUGGCACUUGAUGGUGUAGGGGGUGGAGCAGUCAUGGUUAAAGCUGAUGUGCAUAGAGACGGAGCUAUGUUCCCUUCAUUCCCAUUCUACCAUUUGAUUGAAACUGAAGGUUUUGCUAAAAUGGCCAAGAGAUUAGGGUAUGAAGUAUUUGGAUUGCCUAAUUAUUUAGUGUAUCAUCACAAUGAGUAAUCAGAGACUUAUGUGAAAGACUUCUCAUUUGUAAGAUAAUAUAUAAAGCUUGAGUACAAUAUCUGU